ACAAAAAAAUCUGCUGAUACUUACCAUGCGUUGUCAACGUCGCCGGUAUUCUGGACAACAAAAAACAAAUCCAUCAUAGCCGCAUUCAGUUUUAUUGCAGAUGUCCGUCCCACGAUGAUCUAUGAGUUUGACGCGUCGACGCUCAAGACUGUUGGAGCUCCUUUCAAAGGGCACACCAGUACUAUCAGUGGUCUAGCACUCUCAUCUGAUUGUGUUCUUCUCGCCAGCUCUUCCUACGACACCAUCAAGCUAUGGACCUUCCAAUCUCGCCAGCUCCUUGCCUCGUUCGACGUCCAAAAUACUCCAUUCACCCUCGUCCUCUCACCCGAUUCACGCCAGCUGGCUUACACGACCUUCCAUGACAGCAAUAUCUAUAUAUGCGGCAUUCCAGCCGACAUCCUUGCUAGCAUUGAGCUUGCAGAAGAACCACAGCCUAGUACCAGUAAAUCCAAACGUUCAUGCCGUGCUGAUCUACUCAACUCCGAUGCAACACGUCGUCCCGUGCGCUGUAAACCAGUGAUAACACCUGUCAUGUCUCCCAUGCCUCGACUUUUGCAUACAAGGGUCCCACAUACUUUCCUUCACUUUCUACGAAAACUCCUUCCCUCCUCUCAUACGGAUGCAGUCCCUCCUAUUCGCACUGAUGAGCCUCGUAAUCCCCUAGACUUCCCUGCUACAUCCCCACUACCUCGUCCACUCAUCAAACUAGACGAGAACUUCUCAACCCACACCAGCACCACCCACCACUCAGUCCUCCGCCGUCAAUACUCCCGCAACCCUCAAAUCCAGCUUACAUCGAAUGUCAACCUGGCGGCCCUUUCGGACAGAUCAUGCAUCGCUGGCUAUCGUCGAUGUUCCUCUCGCGCCGGGUAAACUGCGGUACGCUACAGCGGGCGCUCCCGGUGAUGACGAUGACCUGAUACGUGACGAAGACUAUGUUUCUCCUCCCUCCCCCCAUCCCGGCUCACGCCCAGGGACUGUGCAUGCCGGACAGCAUGGAAGCGGCCGGUUCUGCCUCUGCUUCUAACUGCUUUCAAACGUGUUCCCGGUAUCUCGUAACCGUAACCGUUGCUCCUUCCAUGCGUUGUCCUCCGUACACUUAUGUUGAAUUCAUGGUCACUAUACCCCCUAACGCGCUUGAGAUAUAUCAACAGUCCCUGAUGGUCGAUCCUGUUCAAACUCUACAGUGGUCCGA